AUGGCGAGAUUCUCGGUUUGUGGAGGAGACGACGGAGAAGGAUCGAGCAACGACCGGUCCCGGAAGCGACAAAGACUUCCUUCCAUCGAUGAAGACGAAGAAGUCGCCGAGGACUCCGACGCCGGAAGUUCCGGGGAAGAAAGCGAAGAUGUAUAUCUGAUUCCCCAUCGCGACGAGGAAGAAGGUAAUUGUCGAGGAAGGAGAAUGGGAUCUGAAGAUCGAGCAUCAUCCUCGAGCGAUGAUAGCUCUCGUGAAGUGCUGAUGAUAGAGGUAGAGAGACGAUUUGGGAACUCCGUCGUAAACAGUCAGAGUUCUUCGAGCAGAGAUUCGCCUCUUUCCUUGACGCUUUUGGAUCCAGAUGUCCUCGAUUGCCCCAUUUGCUGCGAAGCGCUGAAGAUUCCGAUUUUUCAGUGUGAUAAUGGUCACGUAGCUUGCUCCGUGUGCUGCACAAAAGUGAGGAAUCGAUGCCCAUCCUGCACAUUACCCAUCGGCUACAUUCGAUGCAGAGCCAUGGAGAAAGUGAUCGAAGCAUCAAGAGUCUCAUGUCCAAACGCCAAAUACGGAUGUAAAGAGAACAUGCUAUACGGAAACCGAUUCAGCCACGAGAAGCUCUGUGUUUACACCCCUUGUUCCUGCCCUGUACGUAACUGCAACUACGUUGGCUAUCACAAGGAUCUCAACAGCCACGUCCGUGAUAAACACAGAGCCGACGACGUAAUUCCGUUUGCGUGGGACAAGCCUUUAAGCAUUAGCUUGGAUUUGGAUGAGAAGACCACGAUUCUUCAGGAAGAGAAUGAUGGGGAAGUGAUCGUGGUUCAGGGUUUUAAGGGUUUGCACGUUGUGUAUGUCACGGUGAGCUGUAUUGCACCUUCGGUGGCACCGGGAGUGGGAAAGCUCUCGUGCCAUCUGGUAAGCCGAGCGGCGAAUAGCUCGAUGAGGCAGGGGUUGAUGGUGAAGAACAUUCGGAAAGUGGGGAGUGAGCAGCCGGAAGAUGGUUUCGUUGUGAUUCCUUCCUAUAUGUUGUCUGGUGAUGUUCUUGUUUCGAUAGGACGUGGCAGGAUCUCUGUUCAUGCCUGA